UUACUUGUUACUUAUGUUUUAUGUUUUGGUUGAAGAUAGUUAAUGGUUUUAACAUGAUACAACUAAAAAAAUACAGGAGAGCUGUAAGAAAAUCUAAAAGAAUAAGAUCUAGUGUCUGAUGCUCAUUGAGAAUCUGAUCCGUAUGUUGUGAGAUCUGUGCUGGGCGGAAACAGGAGUGUGUAACAUCAAAAUGAGUCCCCGGUGCCAGCUUUCGUUCGUUUGGUUCCUACGAGGCGACGCUCGGAUGAAACCUGCGGGAAUAGCGCCAUCUUCAGGAAAAUACAAGUCUCGGUUAUUUUUUUUGUUGUUGUUAAAUGUAUUUCUGUAUCAACUGUUGACAAAAGUGAACAUACUCCUAACUAUACCUAACUCCAAACUGUUUUUAAAAGUGCACUUUGUGCUUAGUCAGUGUAACUUAAAUGGCGAAAAGAUUUUUUUGUUCUCCACGCCAAAGUACAAAUAUCAAGUUUCGGGAAGCCUCUUAUGACCUGCUCUCAGAUUUUCUCACUAAUCUUGACAAUAGAAACAAAGAAAAUCUCAGCAAUUUAUCAAAAUGUAGCGGAGACUUCAAAGAGAAAAAACUAAUGGAGUUCACCUUCCUUAUAACUAAAGAACUGAGCCUUGAUCCGCUGGUUGGGUACCAUGCUAUUGAAUUACUUCAAAGGUUCAUGGUCAAGCACCUUACAGAUUUGUUCACCACACCCAUACCUCAAGGUGCAGCUGCUGAGGAACCAAGAAGUUAUGACGAUGCUGUUUUUGACAAGCUCAAGGAGAAAUUCCCCCUCAUCGUCUUUUCCUGCGUCCAACUUGCAAGCAAACUGUCUCUGCACAGUCAUAUGAUCAACAACAAUACAGCUGUGCGCUUUCUGCAUUCGAUCGGCCACAGUGUUUCCAAGCAGACUGUCAUGGAAUCAGAGCUGAUGGUCUUGAAAGGGCUUGGAUUCAGACUUAAUGCUACUAACCCUCUUAUGUAUGUGGAAAUACUUCUGGAGGUGCUUGGACACAAUGAUCCGUCUGUCCCUGUGGAACACCUGUAUUACCUGUGCCAUCAUGUUCUCCAGUUCAUCAGCCUGCGGAGGACUGCUAUUUAUGACUCCUUGUUAAUGAUUACAACUCAGUGUCUCAGCCCACCCAGGGAACAAAGAGAGAAGUUUGUGACAGUGACUGAAGACUGCAUGCUUCUUGGUGUCGGUGUCAUCGCGGUGGCUACCUUCAUCCUCUAUGUCAGGAAAUGGGAACAGGUAGUGGGAGAACUGAGUCACAUCACAGGAAUCUCAAGGAGGAGCAUCAGCGAUUUGGCUCAUGUGACAUUGAUGCACAUUGUCGGAACCAGUUGCCCUCUAACAUCAACUUGAAUUUUGAUAACACUCAUCCACUGAAUACUGCUUUAUGCUGUUACUGUUAAGUUUGUUUCCUGGUUUUACAUGUUGAUGCUGAACAUGAACUAUGCACUUUGGUUAGAUGUGUGUUGAAUAUGUGAUGAAAUAGUGCCAAAAGAAUAAAUCACUACAGUUCCUAAAGUA